AUGACCGUUCCGCCAACGAAUAGCACCAACAAUAUCAAUGGCUCGCUGGCCCGAAUGUCUACCUCUGAUACUUCUAUCCCUACCUCAGUCAAUGCUGCUGAGCUACUUGCCCACGGGGAGCCUUUCAUUGAAUUCCCCCGAUAUUCGAUACUCGAUAUAAAGGAGGCCGCCUUCGCAUAUGAAAAGCCGGACGAAAAGGGUGCACCAUCUCACCCAAAUGCGCCAGGGAAGAAUACUGGGCAGUUAGGGAAAGAUACUACAGACUAUUUUUCUGGCUGGCUUUCAGCAAGAUUGCAAGACGGCAAGCCGUUUGUGAUACAAGAUUUUAAUAAACUACCUGAAUGGAAUAAGAGGCUGUUCUCCCUUGAAGGCUUAAUUGAACACUCUACAAAGAAAAAUAUUCCUAUUCGGAACUGCAGCACCAACAGAGAUCUCAGCUUCACCCUUAAGAAAUUCGCCGAUGCAUCUCGACAAUCUUACCGGGAGUUUAAAAACCUCUACGCUCGAGACCUGCGUUGCCCGGAUUCCUGGUUAGAGCAAUGUAGGAGAUUACUCCCUCCUGAGGUUCAAUGGAGUGGCAGGCUGGACCUGUUCCAAUGGCUGCCAUCAUGCGCUCGCAGCGAGGUGAUGAUGGCCUACGUUGGCUCCGAAGGCUCCUCUUCCCCUACUGAUUUCGAUCACAGAUCUGGCUUCCACCGAUGCUUUUCCUCGACAGUCGCGUUGAAUUUGCUGGUCGACCAUGGUGGUAAAGAUUGCCCUCCCCAUUGUUCUAUUGACCAAUUUCUCGGUAACACCAGCAGCCUUGAGCUAACACUUAUUGGUAUUACGGGCCUAGAUCGGCCGGUUCUCUGCUUUGGAACUGAUUUCAGCUCGCAACAAAAAUACGAUAACUUCAUGGCGGCUCGUGGUGCGUCACCCCACGUCGACUGGCUGAAUCUGGGACCAGAGGAUCUCAAGAAAGCAAAUUUUCCUGUCUACAUCUGCGAACAAUGGCCUGGAGACCUUGCUGUCUUUCCUCCUGCAACAGCACACCAGGUUUGGAAUCUUGGGAAAGUUUCAACGAAAGUGGUGUGGAACAUCUUACAUCCUCUAUCCCUGGAUGCCGGCCUACACUAUGUCCAGCCUCCUUUCAACCGUCUAUGCCAUCCGGAUGUCGCUCGAUCGAAUCUCUCACUGGCCUGCGCCAUGCUGAGUCUGCUUCGUGAUGAUCAACAUGCAAUUAUUCCUCCAGAUCUACCCCUGCUGACAAGACUCUUCAAUCAAAUGGCAAAGGAUGAGACAAUCGACGGCAGUCCUGCGACAGCAGUUACGCUUGUCCCUAUACCCGAGACAGCCAUAGCAACCUGCAAUUUUUGUGGUACCGCUAUCUGGAACCGUCAUCUACGCUGCAACCAAUGCCUGGAUUUUGACCUCUGUCUCAUGUGUUAUCUGAGCGGUCGCAGCUGCGAGCACCCUUCAAGCUAUUCAUGGGCUGAGAUUGUUCCGCAAGAUAUAUGCUCGCGUGUUGUACAAAGAGCAGAAUCUAUACUUGGAUACAACAUAAGCCAAUCCUCUGAAGGAUCCCGUAUUCCGGAUCAACGCAAAACCUUAGACGUUGUGAUAAGUGUUCUGCCUUUUUUUGCUACCGGGGACUGUACCGUCACUUUGAUAUGGCAUCUGCAGAUGUCAUGCGCCACCCCGGACUAUGGAUAUGUCCAAAAUGCUUGGAGAGUUGUAACUGUCGAUGCUGCCAUUUCGUUUCCCCUUACGUCAAAGCUGAAAAGCCCGCGUCAAAACGCAGAGUUCGGCCUGGAGAUCCGCGGGGGAAAAAUAUGGGGUUUACAGACAAUGUGUUUGACCAAAAAAAGGGCAAUACCUGCACAGCGAAAUACGCCAGCCCUUCCAGCAUCACCUGCAUUCACAUCGCCACCCGCUGUCAGACAUCCCAAACGACCCCUCUCAUCAUGCUCGACAGUUCAGCCAUCUCCCAUAUCCGCACCGCCCCGCCGUGCUACUGCUUCUGCCAUAACCCUUCCUGCACUCUCAACCCCUGAAUUGGCCGACUUAUCUCUCCUUCAUGGAAGAAGGGACUCUACCAUCGAGGCAGUUUCGGAUGGCUCAUCCCUUGACCGAUUUAAGAUGAGAAGAACAUCAGUUAUUUCUCGUGAUACCACCCCAAAGCCCUGCUCUGAUAUACCUCCUGGCAAGACACUUCUUGGGAUAAACUACAUAACGCAGACGGCUUCAACCAGUGACGACCAACUAUCUCUCCCCCCUCUCAAGGGUGGUGGUUCCUACUCCAGCGGGCCUAUAAGUAUGACCUCACCCUCUACCAUGUCCCGCAAAUCGAUGUCAAAUGAUGGUGGGAUGGCCACUCUAGCUACUAUUGCAAGCACUAGGGAAUUAGAGCCCUCCUCACUCCCAAGUAGCACUGCCAUCGGACACGUAUCUCGGUAUGACAGGGACUCUAGGAGCGAUAGCAACAGUGACACCAUGGCUUUGAUGACACAGCCUGAGGCACAUCAUCAGCCCCAACCAUAUAGCCAGCAUCAAUACCAGGCAAAUAAUACGCAGCCGCACCACUUCCCCCCUUCAUUUGGGGUUUUCCCUAACUCCAGACAACAGCCAACGACUGAGCACUACCCUAGCGCCCCAAGCAAUACGCUUCUCAGUGGACCCCUAGCCACAUCGACCUCAACUCCCCGUUCAACGUCACUGACAUUACCAGCCAACCCGAACGCGUUAACUACGAACACUAUCCCCGCACUUGAGACACAGCUUACUCGCCUCCGCCAGUAUUCUGAAGAAGUCCUUUCACUAUCCCUGUACGACUCUCAUCGACUUCUCCAGGAUGAGAUACAACGACUAGAGGGUACUUUAUUACUAGCCAAAAAGGACCGAAGUGAACGGGUCCUUCGCAAUUUGGAAGUGGAAUUCCCAGCACUGAGAAAUAUCCACGAAGGACUCAAACGAGAGGCCGCACGACUUGGUUACCUUUAA